AUGAUUAUCAAAGAAUAUCGCGUCGUCCUCCCUCUGUCAGUGGAAGAAUAUCAAGUUGGUCAACUAUGGUCCGUUGCAGAGGCCUCUAAAGCUGAAACUGGAGGUGGAGAGGGUGUGGAAGUACUCAAGAAUGAGCCAUUUGACAACGUCCCACUCCUAAAUGGACAGUUCACUAAAGGACAAUACACCCAUAAAAUCUAUCAUCUUCAAUCAAAAGUGCCUGCUUUAUUGAGAAAAAUUGCACCGAAAGGAUCGCUGGCGAUUCAUGAGGAAGCAUGGAAUGCUUAUCCAUACUGCAAGACGGUCAUCACCAACCCAGACUACAUGAAAGAAAAUUUCUAUGUAAAAAUUGAAACAAUUCAUUUGCCGGAUAAUGGAACUACGGAGAAUGCUCACGGACUGAAGGGGGAGGAGUUGGCGAAGCGAGAAAUCGUAAAUGUGAAUAUUGCCAAUGAUCACGAAUUUUUGAACUCUGGAGAUUUACACCCGGAUACCACACCAUCGAAGUUCCAGAGUACAAAAACUGGAAGAGGUCCUCUUUCUGGAAACUGGAAAGACAAUGUGCAACCAGUGAUGUGUGCGUACAAACUGGUUACAGUCUAUUUCAAAUGGUUUGGAUUCCAGAAAAUUGUAGAAGGAUAUGCCCAUACGCAAUACCCCCGUCUGUUCUCCAAGUUCCAUCGAGAAGUGUUUUGCUGGAUCGACAAAUGGCAUGGACUAACAAUGAUGGAUAUCCGUGAAAUUGAAGCCAAAGCGCAGAAGGAGUUGGAAGAGCAACGCAAAAGUGGACAGGUUCGGGGAAUGAACGGAUAA